UGGCAUAUAUUCCCUAUAUAAUGCACUCCUCAUUUACCAUCCUAACGCUUCAUCAUUUAUAGUUAGAGCUAGAAAGGUUUAACUUUUAUUUUUGUGUCUGCUGGUUUUUAGUUUGGUUUGAGAAGACUGAAGAAGGCGGCGGCAUUGUGUGGGUCUAAUGCAAUACAUGUCACCACUGUAUUUUCUAUGUACCACUGUUUGAAGAAGAUAGCAUUUUAUCAAAUGUACAUACUGUUUUAGUGGUAUCACAUGAACUCUCAGGUUUUUAAUUGUCAGGAAGCUUCUUGUCAGAACUAAAGGUUUGCAUUUUUGUGAAAUCAGUUCCUUUUUAUAUAUGUGGUUGAUAUAAUCUGUAAAUUAAUGUUCUAUUAGGAACAGUUUGUGAGUGUCUUUCUUAACGAUUGCAUUGUACAUUAUUACUUGCAGUAAGUAACUUUACAAGUAUACAAAGUUACCAGUUGUGCUUCCACCUGAUAUCAACACCUUCAUGGCUUGCCCUUUGAAUUCAGUGCUGAAAAUAAAGAGAUACAAGAAUACACAAGGAAUGUUAGACAGGCUAUUUAGGACAUGACUCUGAAAAUCGAAUUAUUUUUUUUGUAAGCAUACUUGAAAAGUCAAAAAUCCGGGUAAACCAAGAAGUCACAAGAGCUGGUGUAAUCCUGAUUAACUUUCCAUUCCAGGGAUUUUUGUCUAGCCAUAAUGUAUGACUUAUUGUUUUAUUGAUGCCUUUAUACAGAACAUUAAUGAACAAGAGUGUGUCAUAGGUCAAUUUUUUUUUUUUUUUAUUCUUUCAAAGAAGCACAAUGUUACUGUAGUACCAAAAUUGACACAUGGGCAAAAUUUUACAAGUAGAAGAUUCACUCCCAUGAAGCCCACCACAUUUCUGGGUCAUAUUUCACACUUAUUCAGUUGCAUUUAUUAGCAUAUGAAAAAUGUUCAAAUGUGAAGUAGAGCUUAUUGCAUUUGACCCACUUAAGAAACAAAGAUUUUAAAAAUGUCAGACGAUGUCCAGCCUGCACAAGGGGUUGAUAUCACAUGUGCACAUUCUCCAGGCUCGUUAAAAGAAACUCAACUUGGGAAAGAGCUGUAAUCUUAGCGUGACCCUGCGAUGCCAAGUAUUUAAACCUUAACCUGUCAAAUCUAGGGAUUUUAAACUUAUAAAUAAUGAUUCCUCAAUGGUUCUUUGCAGCACAAAGAAUCGUUUUUAUUUAUUUAUUUAUUUUUGCUGUAUAUAGGGUUUUGGGAUUGACUAUAUGGUUCUUUGUUGAGAAAACAAAUGGUUCGUAAUGUCAUAUUAUAGGUUCUUUAUAUCAUCGUACUGGUUUCUUGGUUCUUAAUGGCUAUAAAACCCUUAUUGGUUCUAAAUGAAACCUUUAUUUUUAAGACUGUGCUUGAUUUAUCCAUUUUAUUAAUAAAUUAUUUAAUCAGUGUGGUAAAUAUAAAAAUAUAUAAUGGCAUCUUAAUAACUCUGUGUGUGUGUGUGUGUGUGUGUGUGUGUGUGUGUGUGUGUCUACGUCUACAAGGUCUUAAGUGCUGGGAGUGGCUAUGGAGAAAGAGAUGAAUGUCAUUGCUAUAUAAAGAGCAAUGCCUCUAGUAGAACUUGGCGAAGUCAAUAAAGUUCCAACAUCGAAGUGGCAGAAUGAAACUACUUUCAAGAAUAUUGAUACUGACCUGUUUUGCUAUGGCCCUCACAAGGCAAGUUGACAAAAGCGACUCAAAAUCCAGAUUCAACCAAUAUCAGACAUGGAAUGCAAAACUGUACCCGGUGUGGAAAGAUGGAGACCUGUGCCAUAAAAACAGCUGGACAGGUGGAGAGCUAAAGUUUGAUGUGGGCAAUGAUGCACCCACCUUGACCGGUGCCAAAACCACCUUCACAAUUGAUAUUGUAUUCCCUCACCACCAGAGAGUCCUGCCUGACGGACAAGUUGUUUGGGCCAAAAACUGCACAAUUAAUGGCACACAGUUUCAUGAAGGACAGCCUGUCUAUCCUGAGGAGAACUCUGCAGAUGCGUGGAACACAGUUUUCCCUAAUGCUCCUCCCCUUCACAAACAGGAGGAUAAGAAACCACCCUAUGUCUUUGUAUGGAAAACCUGGGGGAAAUACUGGCAGGUGUGUGAUGGCCCCUCCUCUUCACUUACCAUCAGCACUGAUGGUGUUCCUCUUGGUUCUUACAUGAUGGAUGUUGUCAUCUAUCACUACAGGAAGAGGGAUAAAUUCAUCCCUAUUGGAUAUGCCUCCACACAGUUCAGCAUCACUGACCAGAUUCCCUUCGCAGUUACCCUGUCGCAGGUAAACGACAAAGAUGAAGGAGAUCAAAAAUUCAUUCAGAACAGAGCUGUGGCCUUUAGCAUCACCCUUCACGACCCUAGCCAAUACCUGAGCAAAUCAGAUGUGACCUAUAACUGGAACUUUGGGGAUGGCAGUGGCACCGUAAUCUCCAGGGAACUCACCGUCACACACACUUACAUUGUUUCUGGUGCCUUCAAGCCCCAAGUAGUCAUUCAAGCAGUCAUUCCAGAUCCAUCAUGUGCUACUCCACCAAACCCUCCAACUGAAGCAAAUCCUACAACUAAUGCCUUCAUCUCCGAGAACCACAUCCAUUCUAACUGGGACAUCACAACAGAUUAUCACUCAUUUACUGAUUCAACAGAUCGUGCAACCAAGCACUCUUCAAAUCCCAUUGAUUUAGGCUUAGUUCAGAGGACAGAAUUUACUCUUCCGACAAGAUCCAGCCAGGAAGAGCAGCCUUUAGGCCUUAGAACAUCCAUAAAAAUCCCUGCAUCUAAAACAUUGACUACUAUGACAAAGACAAUACUAAAGGCAACAACUGCAAGAGACUCAAGGAUGAUGUUGAAAAAAGACACCGUUCAAGACCAGGCCCAUGUAGGAAUAAUAAAGCACCAUGCACCAGAGACAGACCACUGUGUCAUAUACCGUUAUGGCUCCUUCUCAGCUGAGAUUGAAGUAAUUGAGGGUAUUGAGAGUGUGCAGAUCGUCCAGGUGGCUGUAGCUGAUGGUUUUAUGCUGUCUGAGAUGGAGCAGAAUGCUGUUGAUUUCACCAUAACAUGCCAAGGAAGCCUCCCCACUGAGGUGUGCACUGUGGUGUCGGAUGCAGACUGCCAUGUGCCAGUAAGGACCUUCUGUAAUGCUGUGAGCCCCUCCACAGAGUGCCAACUCAUCCUUCGACACUUCUUUAAUGAUUCUGGGAUCUACUGUGUCAAUGUGUCCAUGACUAAUGACGACAGUCUGGCUGUCACAAAUGCCAGGGUUGAUAUUAACAUAGGUUCCAGAUUUACAUCUGCAGGUGCCAUUGUUAUGGUAUUGGGCAUCCUAACUGUCGCAUCAGUUAUGGGUGCUGUGGCCUUUGCAUAUAAGCAUCUCAAAGGGUAUCAAAAGCUGACAGAGGUUCCUGCUGCAUGCCAGUCUGAUGGUACUGGCGUGAGCUCUAUGGCAGCACUCUUCUGGAGCCUGAUGAAUCAGCGGGCACCAAGCCAGAAACGAGGAGUUGUGUGAAUUAUACAAAGUGGUGUAAAGUGCAAUUAAACUAAAAUUUCAAAUAAAUGUUAUGUUAGCACUAUUUUACAUGUAUAGCAUAAGUGCAGCAAAGAUGCAUUUAAGCUGGGUUUUUACAUUUACAUUUUUAUUUUUACUAUUGAAGUCAAUAUUUUAAUUAGGAUUUUGUAGUCUUUUUAUACUCACAUUUGACCCCAAAGUCCUUUUUGAAUAAAUAAAUAAAUAAAUAAAUAAAUGUUUUUUUUUUGUUUUUUUUUUCAGCAUUUGCCUUAAAUUUCAUACUUUUUAAACUUGAUUUUAAAGAAACCAGACAUUAAUUUGGGUCAAUAUGUUGUACAGUGUUGUAAUGUAGGACGGACCCAAAAUGAAAUAAAAGACAGGAUGG